AUGAGAGCGCUGAUCAUUUUCAUCUUCCUGACCCCAAUAAUCUCACAAUGUGUGCAGGUUACGGACAGUGGGUACAGUUUCUCCCUGGAGGCAGUGAAGACCCUGAAAAAGCUUAUGGAGUUUGACACAAGUGCUAACCCGCGACAGACCUACGGCGAUGCAGCGUCCCUAUGUGCCGACCCUGACCUGCCAGAAGAGUUCAGAGCUGUGCGAAAAGAUGCUGACGAAGUCUUCCAACGUCUGGUGAAAAUCAUCACCUGUGAGAUCUGUGCCAACACGGCCUGCACCGGCUGUUUCUGA